AUACGACCUGUUACAACAGUAGUUCGUAGUCCUACUACAGCGUACACCGUGAAGUCAACGGUCGCUGUGACUGGAAUCAGACCAACAGUUCCCACAAUUCAAAAACCACCUAUUAUAACGACUGUUGUUAAAACAAUUACAGCUACAACGCAAGGCAAGACAGUUAACACAGCCACUACUGUUAAUAAAGCCGUUGUGCCUUCUUUCGUUCCAAAGCCAGUUACUAAAGAGAAAGAGAAAAAAACAUUUUCAUCCGCCGGAUACACGGGAGAUGAUGAUAUCAACGAUGUCGCGGCUAUGGGUGGUGUUAAUCUUGCCGAGGAAUCGCAAAGGAUUCUCGGCUCGACAGAAUUCGUUGGCACACAGAUCAGAUCCUGUAAAGACGAAGUGUUCUUACAUAUGACACCGUUACAACAGAAGAUUAAACAAAUUGUUUCUACGUAUGGAUUAGAAGAACCAAAUCAGGAAGUUGCAGCGUUAAUAUCUCACGCCGCGCAAGAAAGAUUAAAAAAUUUAGUAGAGAAGUUAGCAGUGAUCGCCGAGCACAGGAUAGAUUUGAUAAAGGUGGAUCCGCGUUACGAAGUGACACAGGAUGUUCGGGCACAGUUAAAAUUUCUAGAAGACUUGGAUAAAGUGGAACGUAGGAGACACGAGGAACAAGAAAGAGAGUUACUCUUACGCGCGGCGAAGAGUCGCGCGAAAACUGAGGAUCCAGAACAGGCGAAACUCAAGGCGAAGGCUAAGGAGAUGCAACGAGCUGAAAUGGAAGAGCUGAGGCAAAGAGAAGCGAACUUGACGGCGUUGCAGGCGAUCGGACCACGUAAAAAGCCUAAACUAGAUGUGGGAGGGUCUGUCAGUAGUCCAGGUAGUAACUCCGGUUUGAACGCGUCGACGACCGGGAUCAACAGACAAAUGCCGAUGAGACCACGUUUGAAGAGGGUGAACUUUAGGGACUUGUUGUUCCUUCUCGAGCAGGAGAAAGAAACGUGUAGGAGCACGACGCUGUAUAAGUCAUACUUGAAGUGAUGUUCUGUGAAGGGCAGGAACUUAUGUGACCCGCCCGAUAACUGGCGCCCUACCUGUAUGGUCUUCUGUGAGCUGGCCUCAAUGGACCUUAACGAGUCGAGUGACGUUAGUGCACGUUGCAUUAUUGUACAGUGUUUCAUAAGUUGCAUACAAUGAGGUUCACAUUAACGAAUCACGUCGGGAUUCCACAUAACAUUCAGAAUAACAUUAUUUCUACCAUGUCGAUAAGCUUCCCUACUGUAAAUGACUGAACAUUUUUUAAAUGUAAUAUAAUAGAUUGUUCUUUAUUUUUCAAAGGCGGAAACGGCAUCAUUGAAACGGGCAUUGUGUAUGAGCACAUGGCCCGAUGAUCAGUCUUGGGUAGUCUCUUUACGGCGAGGAUGUGGUGUGGCCAUAUAUAAAUACUGUUAUAUGGUGAGCGCAUGUGUCUCGAAUGAAUGUGUGUACAUUGUCAUUUUAUGUAUAUGCCUGCUGCAUUGUAACACUUGACCUAUACUUUUGGACACUGUAGCGCUAGUGUAAAAGAGUGCAGGUUUUGUUAACAUAGUAAAAACGUAUUUUUGCAAAUCGUAAUGUAAUAAUAUACAGUAAGAGCACACUGUCCAAAAAGUAUGGAAUAAUUUAUACAAUACCUUACACAUAAAAUACUAAAUAGUGAUAAUUUCAAUGUUGGUACAACAGAAUAUAGCUACUCUCCACCAUAAGAUGGAAUUGUUAUCGUAUAUUAUGUUGUAAUCUGCAUUUUCAGUGUUUAUAAAAGAAUUAGCUGUUACGUUUUUUAUUAAAGAAAUAUUUACAAAAGUAUGAA